AUGUACCUCUUUGCAGACGACACAAAGAUAUUUAAAAUAAUAGAGAACAAAAACCACUGCAUUGAGCUACAGGAAGACCUGGAUAUUAUGUGUAACUGGAGUGAUACAUGGUUACUUAGAAUGCAUCCGGAUAAAUGUAAGCAUAUGAGAAUUGGAAAGGAAACAUCAAAACACCAAGAACACCUUGAUCAUGCGGCAUACAACCUCAAAGGAAGAAACCUUCAAACAACAACUAAGGAAAAAGAUAUUGGAGUGACCAUAGACUCAGAUCUUUCAUUCGAUAAACAUAUAUGCCAAAAAGUUAAGAAAGCAAACUCUAUGUUUGCUCUCCUAAGAAGAACAUUUCAAUUUAUGGACCUAAAAUCAUUUGUACCUCUAUAUAAAUGUCUAGUACGGUCUCAGCUGGAUUAUGCUAGUCCAGUGUGGUCCCCAUAUCUAUGUAAACAUGUAGAUAUGAUAGAGGGAGUCCAACGCAGAGCGACAAAAUGUCUUCCAGGCAUGAAGGAUCUGGACUAUAUGGAUAGACUGAAAAAAAUAAAAUUGCCAACAUUGGCCUUUCGGAGGGUAAGGGGAGAUAUGAUUGAGCUAUACAAGAUAGUAAACGGUGUAUACAACAAGGAAUGCUGCAAUGCCUUAUCAUUAUGGGAGGAAGCAUCACAAAGACAUAGUUGCAGAGGAAACUCAAAGAAGAUAUAUCCCAAGAGAGCAACAUGCACAUUACGGAAAAACAAUUUCUAUAUAAGAACUGUCAAGAUAUGGAACAGUCUACCAGAAUCAAUAGUAUCCGCAACCAGUAUAAAUGCUUUCAAAAACGCCAUAGAUAAUCACUGGAAUAAUCAAGAACUAGUAUAUAACUACAAAGCCGAAAUAACAUAA